CUCCAAACUCGCAGUCAUACUCUAGGACGAUUCGCAUGGCAUGGCAGGAGAAGCAGCAGACUUACCACCGCAAUCGCAAUCCCUGAGGUCCAAUGUGAACGUGAACCAGGACCAUCUUCAAACCCCCACCACGCAAGCCGCUGCGUCUUCAAACGCACCCACCACACGCAGCAGCGAAGAUGUUGACGUCGACGUCGUGAUGUCGACCACUACUUCCACGAGGGCUGCCGUUGUUGCCGGUCCCGUUCCCCUCGACUCUCCCCUGCGCACGACGCCCAUACACUCCAUUGUCUCCGCGGUCAAGAUGCCCGAGAAUUGCGCAGCGAACACGAAUCCGAUCACACUACAACCGUUCACGGAGGCCGAGUUGGCGAGAUAUGGAUAUGAGGAGUUACGUGCGGAGAUUGUUUCCGGCAGUGGCGGUGGCGGCGCUGGUGGAGGGCGGGGACACGGACACGGACACGGACACGAACAGGGGCAGCAAGAUGGAGAGACAGAGACAGAGACAGGGGGAGACCGUGGAAGUGGAAGUACAAGCACCAGUUCAAGUGCCAAAGACAAAGACAAAGAGAAAGAGCACUUGGCACGACUCCGAGACGCGACGGCGACGUUGUUGAAACGAAAACUCGACGAGCGCGAGAGGAAGGUGCGCGAGAUUGAUAGGGAGAUGGAAGAAAAAGAAAAAAUCCGCGAGGUCGAGAGGAAGGUGUUUCGGAAGAAGUUGGAUGUGAAGAAGGAUGGCUGAUGGGUUGAUGGUUGACGGCUCGUGUGUUGCGAUCCCGUUCACACACCAUCACAUCACAAGAUGCCUGAAGUAAGACAGUAUGGGUCCACGAAGCAAUUUAUCAGAGCACUCACACCAUCAGAUGGCUCAUCAUGCCUAAGACAUGAUCGGCUCAAAACACCUAAACUCAAUGAUGACUCAUUCAAGACCUGGUUGAGUGGCCGCGCAGGUCAACGCAGGUCAGCGCUGGAGGAUGUCGAUUUUCGAUUUUCAAUCCAGCAACGCACAACCAUGUUGGUGUGUCCUGGUCGAAACCAUCCUACCAGCAAGGGGGGAAAUGCUGAGUGUCUCUGCUGGACAGCCACCCUUCACCUCGAGGAUCGUCAGUGAGACCUGGUUGCGCUCCUAUGACUGGAGACACAUAUUUCGCAGUAGCGGCUAGGCAUGGAUGGCCACCGUCAGCCUGGACCAGGAUACUACUCAGUACGAUCAGAACAGGCGUCACAAAAGAUUGCGAAAGGACUUGAACAGGAAAGGAUUGUGGUAUGGCAUAUCUCGCCAUCAUCAUUAUUACUAUCGUGGCUGAUCCGUCGCGAAGAAAAUCGGCUUUCGUUUGCUGAGCCUGAAUGAAAAGAAAAGACAAGAUACCAGAUUCCAGAGGAUUGUCAACUCCCAAAACCCCCAGCUUUCCAAGUCAAAUACCAGAACGCCAACCUCUCGCUAUAUAGGGUAUCAAAGUCUAUGGCGCUGCCCGUCCCCGCAGUCUCCAUCUGAACUACACCUUUCCUAAGGGCUCCAUGUGUUCUGUGGCAAGGGUCAGUAUCUGUGGCGUCCACAUAUCGGCGGCGGACUUACCUCUCAAUCUUGUGAACGACGCCUUUCCAGGAACCAAACCCAUGCCCAUGACAAUUUCAAAGGAAACCCACCCAGAGGACAAGCCCUUUCAACCGCAUAGCGUCAGUUUCAGAUUGGCAUGCUCCGGACAAUCAUGCUGCUGGCCCCAGUCGUUCCAGACGUUGUACGCGUUCUUGCAGAACUCCUGACCCGGCUCACAGAAAAUCGCUAUACAAUUGCCCUCGGCGACAUCUGGCACAAGCGACAUGCCCUCGUCCGCAAAAGGGUGAAGAACACCGACCUGACCAACGUAUUCCCCGUAACCAUCCGCGUCGCCAACGAUCUGCUUUCCGGCGUCUGUUUUCUUCAACCAAUCGACCUCGCCGGCGUCGAUCAUGCUGAGAUCCCACCAUGUGCGCUGCACGUUUGGGACCCACGCCCAUUCGAACUGGACGGGACUCUGAUUCUCGAUGUCCGUGCGCCAGAUCUUCCAGCUGAUACCCAUUUCCGGGUCAUGGACGAAUGGAUGGGUUUCCGUUGCGCCGGGAGCGAGGGUACUCAAAAUUUCUUCCGGUGCUUCGUCGGAGCCUUCACGUGGAGGAUGCACGAUGUUGCUCAUCACGGCGAAGGGGCAGGCGUUGACCACGAUGGCUUGACCGAGACCGUCUUGGCUUGGGACUUGGCCGGUGCCAGUAGGGCUGGCGCCGGCAGGACUGCUUUGGCUAGGUUGCCAACGCUCCAUGGUGGUGUGGUUCUCGGCCCCAGUACGAACGUACUUGGUGUCCUCCAAGCUCGCAACAGCCGUUGUCGACGGGGUUGACACCAUUCUGCUUGGCAAGACCUUUAAGGACUCCAAGUUCGGGACCGAUGUUGUGGUUGGGGCGACUGCCGUAGCGACCGUGUCGUUCUUCUUGUCCAAGCAGCCGUUAAACCGGUUCCUGCAAUUAUCUCUGUCUUCGGUAGACAAACAAUGGUGCAAAAGAGGGAAACAAUGAUCAAGCCGAGGGUGAUGACCAGUGAAAGAGCCAGUGAAAGCGCCAGCAGAAUCAGCCGUCUUGAACGGCGCCGGUGGACCAUACUCCGAUUUCCACUGCUCUGGUGCCGGGAGCGCGACACCUUAACAUCGUUAACAUCACGGCUCAGAUCCUGUCAGAAAGGAGAGACAUACCAAGCGAGAAGAGCAGGCUCAUGAUAAGAGCCAUGAGUACGCCCCAUCGAAGGGGAAAGGUGGCGGUCAUUUUGACUGGAGGACCGUCAGACUUUAUGGUAGCGAUGAUAACGUCCUAGAGGACGACGAGGACAAGACAAGAGACUACGGCUCGGCUUGCUUAGGUGGUCAACAAGAUUGGAUAUUGACUGAUAGUGAAUGAGAGGGAAGGCAGACAAGAGUGCAAAAGCAGUGGAUUGAAGGUGUAUGCCUCAGAGGGAAGGUGAGUUGAGCGACUAUAAGAAAGGAAGGAGGACGGCAUGGGCAAGAACGAUUUAAUAUACGGUUGCGCUUGACGUUCUGCAAGACUUGAAUGGGAGGUCGUGGAUCGUUGAUCAGCAUGUCUCUCUCAACGAAUUUUGAAUUUUCGUUCUUCUCAGGUGCCGUAUGGAGUACCUCAUCUCGAAGCAUGCUCUUCUGUCUGGAUUGUUGAGGGAUUCCACUCUGAUCUCCAUUCGACGGAGACAAGACGGAUGUCUGGACGGAGCAAAGCUUUGCCAAAAUACGAUGCUGAUCUUCGAGGACUGUUCGGCCUACCCUUGGGGCUCUGUCGAGACUGUCUGGCAUGACCAAAUUUGAUGUGGCCCCCUUUUAUCCACAGCCUUGCAGAUCAGGAUGUGCUCGCCAUCAGGGGGUUCACCUUCAAGUUGGGUGGAUUCUCGCCUUUCCCCCUGGUCCGAGAAAGUCCAUUUGCCGGACUUUAGGACCCUGAGGGCUUCUUUGCGCCUUGUCUGAGCGCGUGUGCGGGUCGCAUCAUGAUAUCUCUGCCCAAUAUUGGUUCCGCGCCCACAUUCAGUUUUUUUCAGCCGAAGGUCAAAACCUUUCGCACAUUUUGGCCGCGAUGACGCAGCGCACAACUACCACUCAGCAUCCCAGAGAAAAUUCGCAUCGAUUUGGGUCUUAGGAAUGCCAGAGCGCACGAGGGCCACUCGUGUUGCGAAAGCAGAUACGCAAAGUGUAAUAGGCCAGCCCGUUAUUGGUCCAGCCGAACGAGAAAGUCCCAUGAACCUGACGCGGUUCCCGAACGAUCUGUAUCUGUGAGGCAGGUGUUGACUGGGACAGACGCUACACCUUCACUGUUCAUAACUGCGGUCUGUCUGUUGUGGACGGAUUGCUGCCUGACGUCGGCGGAGCCAUCAUCAGAGUUUGGCAGGAGCCGGCUCAUCUUUGGGUACAAAAAGGUUGCUUUGCCCUCUUCCAACAGCUGCGAAUGUUCACGCGUGUUAUGGAUCGUCGCAUACAAAUUCUUCAAGCAAAUGAAAAUCAAGAUCUUCGGGCGUAUGCUGAUGAUGCCCCGCUGAUGGACCGCUUGCUCAGGCAUUCUCCGAGCUAGAUCGCACCCACGACAGUCCCUUCAGAAGUUACGCAAAUAUGGGGCGAUCGAACUGAGAGUGAUGUUGCGAUCUUCAAGAACGAACCCGGUGUGCUCCGCGUCCUUGCUUAGCGGAAUCGGAAUCCCGAAAGGCACGAAAAUAUCCACGAAAGGCCGUCAAAAAACAGUUGAUCCAGAAAAGCCAAGAAGAAUCAGACUGAAUAGGAAGAUAUGGGAAAGAAGGGCACCGCCGGCAGCCCCGAGGUUGAGACGAUCUGAGAGGCGCCUCUAAGGUAGAGUGGUCGGUCUUCGAAAACAAUCUCGGUGCCUUUCAGUAUUCCACUGUUAACAGGGCACGUCUACCUAUCCUCCCGGUCAAGCGAUCUUCGAGCACUGUCAUCGCAUGUGACACAUUUACGAUUUGACAUGUUGAGAAGGCUCUCGGCUCUCGUGGUGCGUUCUGAAGACACUAUAGUAGUACUCUUUGUGAUUCGUACCUUGAGGCCAAUCAAUGUCCACCCCCAACUUACAGCGAAGACCGUGCAGGUAAGAGCACACUGGGCCUUGAUGGCACUGUUCCGAGAGGAUGACUUGGUGGAGGUGCAACUAGACCGAGCAUGGAGAGGAUCUAUGAGCAAAUAGGGCAAGAUGCGUGCGGAAACUGUGUCGGCCACGAACCGAUUCGCCUGAAACAAGACUCACUCGAACUCGGUAUAUUUGAGGCCAAAACUGAUGUCGCAAAGGAGGUCAUGCUCUGAGGAUAUAAAGCCAUUCCAGGACUGUAUCAGCACUAGCCUUGUACUCAUCUUCAGUACCACCCAACCCUGAAGAGACACGGCAAAGCAGCCGCUCAAGAAGAACGUGAAUGUGGCGCUAUCAUCCUCUCUGGUCGUACGCAUCGGUCGUACUCCUCUUCGCUCAGAGCUUGAAGUUUCAUCGCAGCCUCUUUCAACGUGAUGCCCUCCUUGUGCGCCAAUUUCGCCACUUUAGAAGCUUGAUCAUAUCCUAUGACGGGCUGGAGGCAAGUCACAAGCAUCAAACUAGGAGGAAUGUGAGCAGCAAUUUCUUUUUUACAACAGGUACAGAGACAUGCUCACCUUUGACCGAGUAGAGCCGAAAUACGCUUUCUGUCGGCUUCCAAAGUCUCGAGGAGAUUUUUGCGGAAACUGUUCAUCCCAUCACUGAGCAAUCGGAUCGAGUGCACCAGGCUGUUGAUCAGGAGCGGCUUGAAGGCGUUCAGCUGGAAUUGGCCACUCAUCCCACCGAUGGUGAUACCCGUAUGGUUGGCAAUCACUUGGGUACAAAUCAUAGUCAUCGAUUCGCAUUGAGUCGGAUUGACCUUGCCCGGCAUGAACGAGGAUCCCGGCUCGUUUUCGGGAAGAAUCAACUCCCCUAGGCCACAGCGAGGUCCGCUGCCUUCGAACCGAAUGUCCUGAGCAAUCUUGAAGAGGGAGCAUGCGAGCGUAUUCAGAGCGCCAGAGACACUCACGACCGCGUCGUUGGCCGAAAUGGCCUCCAUCUUGUUCGGCGCAGUAACGAAGGGGUACCCUGUCAUGUUGGCUACCUCGGCGGCAAAGUCUUCUGCAAAACCU